AUUCGGCUUGGUGGCGGCGGUUUAAUUUCCUAGUUGCUCAAGAUGGCGGCGGCCGUCUUUCCAAGGCGCUGCUGCAACCGCUGGAGAAAGGAGGGGAUAACUCCGCUGUUAGUGAUGCUAUGGGGAGCUGCCGGCCUGGCGUCCAUCCUUACGGUUGCGGCUUCCCUGCAGCCGGAGCCGGAAGCGAUGGGGAGCCGCGUGGUGGAGCUGAGCGGGUCCAACUGGAGCCUCCUGCUGCAGGGCCAGUGGAUGGUGGAAUUCUAUGCCCCGUGGUGUCCUGUCUGUCAGCAAAUGGAAUUAGCGUGGGAAACUUUUGCAAGAAAUAGCAAGGAACUUGAACUCAGUGUGGGCAAGGUUGAUGUCACUCAAGAACCAGGUGUAAGUGGCCGUUUCUUAGUCACUACUCUUCCCACUAUUUACCAUGCAAAGGAUGGAGCUUUUCGCAGAUAUCGCGGCUCGAGGACAUUGGAGGAUCUUGAGAGUUAUAUCCUGGAGAGGAAAUGGGAAAGUGUAGAACCUGUGGCAGGAUGGAAGUCUCCCUCAUCUCUAAUGAUGUAUGGAAUGGCAGGACUCUUCCAUUUAUCUGGAUGGAUCAGGCAAAUCCACAAUUAUUUUACUGGCACUCUUGGAAUUCAUAUUUGGGUUUCUUAUGCCAUCUUCAUAUUAGCCACCCUUCUGAUUGGUCUUAUCUUGGCUUUGAUACUUGUUUUGCUUAUGGACUGCUUGUGUCCAGCUAAGUCCAAAGAAGAAAGUUUUGAUUCCGUAGAUCCUGAUGAGAAUAAAAUAGAAGAACAACAGCAAACGUUGGAGCUUUCAGCGGGGGACAAAAUUCCAGAAAAGGGUUUGUCUGUUGACAGUGAAGAUGAAGAAGAGGGAGAAGAUGAGUCUCAGCCAAAUUCCUCAGAUGAUUCAGCAGUUGAAGGAUGUGAGGGAGAAAAUGAUUUAGAGCCUUUUGAGUCUGACAAGUUAGAGGAGACAUCCUUAAGACAACGUAAAAAUCAGAUGGACCCUGAACUAUAGUGAAAGUAACAGAAUGUAUACUUUUAAGUGGACCAAAGAAGAUGGCAGCUGAAGCCAAAUAUUUGACUUACAAGCUAUUGCAGCUAAAUCUGGGCUGACUGCUAGAAAGCAACUGUUUUUAUUUUUAGGGUCAAUAUUUUGAAUGUAAAAAUAUGAGCAAUGUUGAAAUCAGAGACAUGACAAUCAAACAACCAUGUUGAGUUCAAGAAUAGGUAAGAAGUUUUAUUGCAUCAGCCAUACCAUAAACUGUAUGAAGUGGUCGUUCUAUACAACUGCAAAUUGUCAGUGUUGCAAGAAAAGAUUUUUGGGGGCUUGCUGGUACAAGUUAAUUCCAAAAUGUAUAAUUGAAGACAAAAAUCCAGAGGACUGACGGCAGCUUAAGACAGUAAUAAGGUUUUACUGUUUGAUAUGCUUGAACAGAUAACUCAGUUUAUAGCUUUCAGAGGUCUUUGGCUCCAAUUACCUAAGGCACUUCCUACAGGCUUCAGAGCUGUGAUAUGUUGUGUAUUUCAGGGGAGAUCAUAGUAUAACAAGAGCUAUGUUUACAAUAUAGUUUACAAGCUGCAAAGUUUUACUUUCAGCAUACUUUCUUGAAAGCUAGGAAGAGAUUUUUAAGCAUGGAUGUGGCUUUCUUACAACACUCAGUUUCAUAUCCAUUGUCCCAAUAUUAAUCUGUUAGGUAAAUAUCACGGUAUCUGAUUUGUUGGCCAUAUUUAGGUUUCUUUGGAUCAACACUGCUUUGAUAUAACGUUAGUUCCUUUAUGUAUUCCAAUUCAUUCGACAAUGCAGGAGAAGACUGAAAAAAUGUCAUUGCAAAUUUCUUAAUGUAAACAGAAAGUCUGGAUGCAUAAAUUGCCUGUUAAUUUGUCCUCAAUAAUUGGAGUAUUUAUUCAGUCCCAUAGUUGUCAAAGUUCUAUGUAAUGUAAAUAUGUAAAGUGAUAAUAUAAGUAUCAGUAUUCCCUUGUAAGGUUAUGCAAGUGUUGAAUGUGUUAUGAUGAAAUAGGUUUAUAAAAGAAGCAACUCAGAACAGUGUUAUUUCCCUUUGUUUUAGAGACAAUUAUUUUCAAUGGUAUCUGGAGAAUUAAAAUGAAUGUCAGGAUCAUUGCUGAACAUGCUAUUCAACUUUCAAGUUGAGAAAUAUUUUAAGCCUAAGAAAUGAUAGGCUCAGACGAAAGCAGUAAAAAUAAAGCACUAUAUUUGCUUUA